GCGGUGAACGCUUUGCAGGGUGAUCUGAGGUCAAAUUCUAGGAGUCCAGAUCGACCCACGUGCAACGCGUUAUUCGUGAGUUUUCAAUGCAUGGCCACUACUCAUACAACUUGUAAGCUCUAACCGUCUCAUUCUUUUUCACAAGUAUAAUUCGUCAACAGUGCAGACCUUACCUCAAUUGAUCAACAUGUUCCAUUAACAUGCUGUGGAACCAGUGGUAGAAAUAUCGAAUGUUUUUGGAGGGGUGAUUGUUGCAGGCAGUCGUAUCGAAAUUUAAAGUCAUCACCCAGUGGACAAUCGAUUGCCGUUUUGCCGAUGCAAACUUCCUAUCUCAUCUGCUCCCUAGGUCCCACGCAUUCGGUUGAACGAUCGUGCAAGUGGUAAUUGGUGUGUUUUCGUUUGGUCUGUACAAAUCCUCUUGGCAGUGCUUCUCUAACGGAAUUGAAACAAUUUACAUGUUGCCUUUGGGUUUCUCAAUGCCUGUGACGAAACCCCAAAGUCACACUCCUCUUGGCACCGAAGCUGAAUCAGAACGCCGGAGUUCAUCAACGAGCACCUGAAAGUGAUCAUUUUUGAAUAUCCUACUUCGUCUGAACUGAAAUCUUGCAAGCUACGCAGUGAAUGGAAACAGCAGUACAAACCCCUGUCAGCGUGCCCAUCGUCACACCGUCACUCACUCCCCACAGAGUGCAACGCGGCGAUAGUCCUCUCAGCAGCCUGGGUCCAGAAGAAAACCUCCCUACUGUAGACGAGACUCAGCCAUGCCUACCACGAUUGGAUGUCGAUGCGGGGAGAAAGAAGGAAGACAAUGCUGAAGAAGCAAAUUUGGAAAAUAGCCCACAACUGUCGAGCCCACAUGAGAAGAAGGGCAUGAGAGAUAGGCUUCGAGGAUUAGCGGACAAGUAUGUGUCGUGCUUACACGCCAUCGAUGGCGGUACCGGGGACUUGCGAGGGUGCGGGGGUACUGGAAGUCCGACCGUGGUGCCUGCGCCGCAGCCUUUUGAAGCACCCUCCGUUGGCUAAUCCUUCCGCAAAUUUGUGAGAUGGUCGCAUCAUGUCGACUACAGGCUGCAGAGUGUUCUGAGAUUGUAGUUUGUUAUAGUCUGUUAAGUGAUGAGAAUUCUAGACAGCAGAUUUGAUUAGGUAACCUCAACAAGGUGAUUGUGGGUUCUGGAAUAAUUUGCAGAGUUCCUGACCAUUUGCGCAUGGAUUGUGCGUGUAUGGAUACUUCAGUCUGCAGAUUUCUUUUGUUUACUUGGUGAGUGUAUAUAACAAUCACAAUUGUAAUCAAUUUAUCUACACAGAAGGGUUAAUGGUGGGAACGACACUGACGUAUGAUUCUGAUGAGUGCAGUCAGUUGACGGAGAAGCAGGAAAGUGUGGUGUCUCCUGCUGCAAAUCCUUAAAACUGUGUAAUGAUUUUUUAUUUACCCUGUACAUGAGCAAUUAUCUGCAGAGAAAACAGUUCCUCUGGUCAGUUGAAAAUGGUAGUAGUGCUUGAAGCGCACACCUGUCGAACUGGAAUCGUAGUUUUCCUAUAAACUUGUGCGACCAAGUAGGCCUGAAGUCUGUCAUGUUCGCCAGGAACUCACGGAUGCAGCGCCAGCGACGAUCUUACAUAUACAUAAGAAGGUUGUGUUUAUAUAUAUAUAUAUAUACAAAUCUCUCCUAAUAUUCCUAUUUAAAAAGAAAACUCAGUCACAGCGGCUGCCACAAGCUGGAUACAUUAAUGUCAGAUUUUAUACCAUGUUUGAACGCUGCGAAAUAUUUACACUCAUCCACAAUUGAAAGCGAUCUCGGCAUGGCAACGAUAGCUCCGAAAACUCCGAAAGACACCAGUCUGCACUCAAGAGUGAGAAGGCAAAGGCGACGAAGCGAAGAUAGCAACCGUUAUUUAACUGAACAACAGCUGACGUAGUACAUAGCUACCCAAACGACGUGUUGCAGGAAUUCCUCUACCGUUUAGAACGGCAUCCGGAGUUCGUCGAGAUGUGAGCGUAGGCAUUGCUUGCAGAGUUGAAGAGGUCCUUGCUAAGAAAUCCUUGGUUAACACUGCUGGAGUUUAUAAUUUGAUGUAAAGUACAACACAAUCGGGUGGAGAUGGAUAUAGUGAGGAAGUUUUCGGGCGCGGCCUCGCUACAAACUCAGUCAUUGCCCUCUACAAGCUUUCAUCAGGACACGGCUUCUAUGCAAACGGAGUUCGAGGUUGAGGAGGAGCAGGUUCCGUUUGCUCAUACACUCUACAUUCUAAUCUAUUUGCGUGAGGUGCUGAAUGGGUUGAAACUAAUCUACUCGGACAAGAUAAACGACGCUGAGGACUAUUUCGACACACUCAGGGCGGGACACGCACGCUUCAGCCUACAUUACGCUGAAGUUGCAAUGUUUGUGGCGGUCAUGUCGCAUGACGAUGACGACAUUAACUUCGCCAUCUCGCUGUUUCAGGCAGCCGAGGGAUUCGCGUCCGAACAAGAAGUUAAACAUCGCACUCACAGCAACAUAAAGAAGGUGAACGAGACAGUGAGUAGCAUGAAGAGCUGGGCGUUAGGCAAAGCGGUAGCAGUUCUUGAGAAAUCAGGGUUCGAGAAAGCUGCUGCAUUAAGUGACAAGCUGAAGUCUAAGGAGGAAAAUCCAGACGUAAAGGAUGCCAUGUCGCGCGAGGAGACAAAUGUUCAACAUCGGCUUCGCAGGAUGCGCUUGUGGUGCUUGUAUAUUCAAGCCGAAUGCUUCCUCUUCAUCGGCCUCUUGACUUCAGUUUGGUUUGGGGUACAUCAGACUUUGGCUGGCGGAGAGAGGUGGAGCUCUAUGGUGAAGGUGGGGUACAACUUGAAAAGGGCGUGGCUCAUUUACAAGCACAGCAAGAAGAAGCUCUUGCAGGUGCAGCGGGAAUGGGUGACCAUGGGCGGAACCCUGCAGGGUGAACUGAGUGGAAACCUCCGAGCUAACUACGACACCGACGAUGAUGAACAAAGCCCCAAUUCAGGGUCUGCAGUUCCAUCGACGCCCGACUCACAGUCUGACAUGGAUGAAGAAGGAUGGCAAAUAAGGCAGCCCCGACUUUCAGAGUCUGAAAUGAUUGAAAUGGGAGCCAUUGCUGCCAGUGGCAACCUGCAGAAGCUGGAAGGGAACAUCAAGGAAGACCAAGAACUAGCAUCUCUAAGAAUUGGAAUUGAGUUUGGGAUGGGGGCCUUCAACCUCAUUGUGUCGCUGAUUCCAGCCCAGUAUCACAAGGCGCUAGAACUUCUGGGCAUGCCUGGGGACAGAGCAAGGGCCAUCAUUCUUCUGAACAGUGUCUCUACGACGCACCAUCCGAGAGCUCCACUUGCUGCGCUGAUGCUGCUUCUUUACCAUACGGUCGUCAUGGCAUUUCUGCCUCCGAUCAAAAAUCACAUGGAAAUUGCCACUUCAUUGCUCAACAAUAUGGAGCCCAAUUGGAAAGGGGGUUGUAUCAUCCGCGUUGUGGAGUCUCGCUUGGCUCGUUACGAGGGUAACCUGCAGAUGUCCAGUGACCUUCUCUCCAACCACACAGUUGAUAUGAAUUUACGAGGAUUCAACCUCAGGCUUCGAAAUCUUAUGCUGGAAGAGAUGGGGUGGUGUCUUAUGUUACAGGGUCACUAUGAGAAGGCGGCUAUGUGUUUUGACUCCCUCUUCAAGGAGACUGCUUGGUUCAAGCCUUUUUAUUGCUGUCUGAGGUCAGCUUGUUUGUGGGAAUCUAGUGAACCAGGCUCGAAGCAAGAAGGCGGUCGUCUGCUCGAGGACGUCACGACAUUACUAAGUGCGAAGAAAGGAAAAUUGUCAUCUGUGGAACUCUUCGUCAGCCGUUUGUCUACCGACUACGUCACCCUUGGCUUGGUUCCACUGCAUCCUGCCUUGGAAUUAAUCGCUGUUUAUAAUGGCUUCCACCAAAUGAGUCAAUUACGACUCAAGGAACUAGCGGCGCAGCUUGAUGCAGAGCUACGUCUGCACAGUAACAGAACCUUAAUAUUGAAUUUCAUGCCUCAAGAGAAGCAAUCAACCAUACAGGCAAAAUUUGUGGAGUCCAUCCCCCAAAGUCAAGAGUUAGUACCCACACAGUUGUAUGGAAAAAAUAUUAUGAAGAUAAUAUCAAGCGUUAGUACAGUAAAUUCAGCGGCGCAGGCGUCGAGCAGCAGAAAAGCACCUGUGGAACACAACUGGGUUGAAGAAAGCAUGAUAACUUGCAGGUACCUGCUAGCACUUUGCUUGAUAAAUCUCAGGUCCCUAAAACCUGCUGAGGACCACCUACGUAAAGUGGUGGCUGCCACGGACAUAAUUGCUGGAUCAAAAAUUACUUUGUCAACAGUUCUUGGAAACAUUGCUCCCUACGCUUGCUACGAGCUGGGGUCGAUGCUGUUGGACAGAGACACAUCUGGUGAUGGAUUGAGCUUGUUGGAGAAGAGCACGUCCUUCCCGUUUCACGACUUCCAGACACGGCUUAAAUUCGUGGUGGGAGAGCGGCUCAAAAGGUUUCACUAAUGCAAGACUCUGGAGAGUUCAUUACAUGCACUUCUACAGAGAUCCUACAGAUCUUCGUGGGCAGAAGAACAGCUAUGCAACUCAGGCAGGGUCGCUAGUGACAAAAGUAGAAUGAAAGUUAGCCAUGAUGGCAACACAGAGUUCCGUGGUGUGGAAUCGAAGGCAGCCGUCGCCGUCAAUUCCCAAUCUUAGCUUGAAUUUUUUUCUUGAAUUUACAAUGUGAAGCUUACAAAUCGAAACUCUAAUUCUUCAGAUCAAUAAUUAGUCACGAGCUCGCUUGGGAAUUUUAGUUGACUUCCCUGCGAUUCGCACUCAUACCUCGAACCAAAACGUUGAUUGACGUCUACCUUACAUUCGCCUAGUCCACGCUUGCCUUCUUGCGUUGGAGAUUCGAUCC